GGAACGGCCUUAGUUUGACGCAUGCGCACUUGGGUUCGCUGACCCUCCUGGUGAAAGAUGGCGUCCCGCGCGGGACCUCGAGCCGCUGGAACCGACGGCAGCGACUUCCGGCACCGGGAGCGCGUGGCACAGCACUACCAAAUGAGUGUGUCCCUCAAGUCGGAGAUUAAGAAGUUGAUCUACAUGCAGAUAGCGCUGUGGCUUCUGGUGGCAGCGCAGAUGUGUGUCGCUCACUUCAAGCUGCUGCCCCACGACCAGGUGGCCAUGCCUUACCAGUGGGAGUACCCCUACCUGCUCAGCAUCAUCCCUUCGCUCUUCGGCCUCUUCUCCUUCCCGCGGAACAACAUCAGCUACCUGGUCAUCUCCAUGAUCAGCACGGGCCUUUUCUCAGUGGCGCCUCUCAUCUAUGGCAGCAUGGAGAUGUUCCCAAUGGCGCAGCAGCUCUACCGCCACGGCAAGGCCUACCGCUUCAUCUUUGGCUUCUCCGCCGUCUCCGUCAUGUACUUGCUGGUGGUGGUCGCCGUGCAGGUUCACGGCUGGCAGCUGUAUUACAGCAAGAAGCUGCUGGACUCCUGGUUUACCAGCACACAGGAGAAAAAGAAGAAAUGAACAGGCGGCCAGGAGUUCACCUGCAUGCAGCGAUGUCUGGGGGCUUGGGGUGGGGGCUCAGGGGUGCCCUGCUCAAGCAGAGGCAGAUGGCGCUAUUUGGGAUUCUCUGCCCUCCCCAUCUUGCCAAGCUGAUGGGAGAUGGCAAGGGCUCCGUUUGAGCAGGGUGAAAGGUGAGCCUCUGGGUGCCUUCCGACCUUCUGCUGGCAACCACAGGGACUAGGAGCUGCAGACUUGGGCAACCCUCCUUUCGGGAGGGAUUUACAGGAGAGGCAACUGGUGCCUUUCAGAAAGACCUUACCUAGCUUGCUCAGACUGAGAGAUGCAGGACGCUGAAUCGUGACCAGGCAGUCUGACUCCAUCUUCUUGAGUUGGUUAGAUGUGAGUUGGGUAAGAGAACUGUUCAUGGUGAGGCUUGAGGUCCCAUCACGUUUCACCCAUCUUAAGAGUUCCCAGUCAAGCCCUUCUGAGAGAUUAUGCUAUGUGUACUUACCGUAUUUUUCUGUGUAUAACGACCCCUAUUUUUUGGGACCGCAACAAAUAAUUGGGGAGGGGGGGAAUUGCUCAGAGUUCUUGCACUUUUUGUGGGGAGAUUGCCCAGAGUUGUUGAGCUUUGGGGGGGGGCACCACCGCAAAACGCUCGACAGCCUACCCCACAAUUCAAACCGCACACAUCACUACAGACAUCAAUCGUCUACAUAAUACUACUACUACUACUACUACUACUACUACUACUACUACUACUAAUUUAUUAUUUAUACCCCGCCCAUCUGGCUGAGUUUCCCCAGCCACUCUGGGCGGCUCCCAAUCAAGUGUUAAAAACAGUACAGCGUUAAAUAUUAAAAACCUCCCUGAACAGGGCUGCCUUAAGAUGUCUUCUGAAUGUCAGGUAGUUGUUUAUCUCUUUGACAUCUGAUGGGAGGGCGUUCCACAGGGCGGGCGCCACUACUGAGAAGGCCCUCUGUCUGGUUCCCUGUAGCCUCACUGCCCAAAGCCCAACUGCCCAAUCGAUGCAACCACAGCCUGCUGUCCCUUGCUCAUUUAGUCAUGUAGAUGGGUUUCCAUCUUUGCUCAUAACUCCCCUUGCCUUUUCCUAUAACUGCCUGGGUGCCCCAGAGACUGCUGCCACCACCCCAUUCCCAGCUAAUGAGUUUCAGCACAUCCCACACCCCCAUGUACUUGGGUACCAAAUAAAGAAAAAUAUUGCAGAACGUUG